AUGCCGUUCGGGAAGUGCAACAUCACACUUCAGGACGCGUACCAGUUGGGGUUGCCAGUGGACGGACAUUACGUCAGCGGUUGCCUUACAGAUUUUUACGAGACUUUUGGAGAGUGCCCCGAGGGGGCCGAUGAGGCGACAGUUAGGCGCUUUUUCCGUGCCUAUAUCAUGAUGUUGUUGGGCACCCAGCUGUUGGCCGACAAGUCCGGCAAUCGUAUUCACAUCAGAUGGCUACCGUACGUGGCUAGACUUGAGGAGAUGGGUGGAUACAUUUGGGAGUCAGCGGCGCUUGCAUGGUUGUACCGGUGUAUGUGCCGAGUGGCCAACAGACAUGUCGUGAAGUUAGCUGGGCCAUUACAGUUACUUCAGUCUUGGAUCUUUUGGCGGUUUCCUAGAUUUCGGCCUGAUGGGUUUGAUUCGUUUAGCUGGCCCCUGGCAUCCAGGUGGUCAGGUUACAAUCCUGGCGUUAGCGAGAAGGGACCUCGGGUGCAGAUGACUCGGCUGAGGAUCGACAUGUUACAUCCUAAGGAUGUGAGUAUGCAAAAAACCUUUGCCGAGUCAAUGUAA